UUGUGCGACGUGGCGGCGGCGGAUCACUUGGUGGACCGGGUGCCCGUUCUGGAGCCGUUGCGGCGCUUCGCGGCGAGCAACCGAGCCAAGGGUACGCUGGGCGCCAUCGCCGUGGUGGUGGGAAUCGUGAAGCUCUUCGCGCGCGCGCCCGGUCAGGUGAUCAUCGUCGGCGAUUUCCUGCCGGCGAUCGCCGGCAUGCUGCUGGGAGCGAUGCUCUCUUGA